CCCGGCGCCACGUGCCCUGAGCUCUCGAGGACAGGCACGAAGUGAUCGCCCAGUGCYGCCCGGACAGGGUGCCACCAACAACCCACAGACACGUGUGAGAGGGACAGGCGGACUGCCGUGCUGCACCUGUGGUGACACCGGGCGCUGCAGCUUGGCAAGCCUGACGGGUCUUUGAAGAGACCCAGCGUGAGAUCGGCGCGCUCUGUGAGGACAAGCGUCGCCGGAGCUCGGCCGGCUGUGCUGUUGCGGAAGGCAGCUGUCUACACGGUCCCACUCACAGCUGUGAGGAGGACCCGGGCCGCAGAGCGGCAAGCGGCAGCCAAGCCCAGCGUGAGCCCGCCAAGCACCUGACUGAAGGCAACUCUAAGCGGCCCUGCAGCGCUGAGAACCAGCGCGGAGACAACUUCUGCUGCGUCGGUUCUCCUAAGUGAUCCAGGAUAGGUAAAAAGAAGAUGUCAGGUCGGAGGGUCGCCGCGGCGUGUGAUAGACGACAGCUCCCGCGGGGCAUGGGCAGCAUGGCAUCCCCCCUGCUUGACCCGCGGCCGCUCCGACUGCCCUUCCUCGAGGCUGACAGUCGCCUCCAAUCGAUUUGCGGGCGCUCGAUGCAGCAGCCUUCGCGGAGGAGCAUUCUUCGGUCUCGGCCGCCGCCGCCACCUCCUCCGCUGCCGCCGCCGCCAAUCGAUGCGCUCAGGGCUCCGGUCGCCAUUUUAGGGGGAGAGCGAGGGAGGCAGAAGGAAGGGUCGGCCCCUCCAAGGCAUUCCUUGCUCACAAUGUAUAGAACAAAAGUCAGCUUGAAGGAUCGUCAGCAACUUUAUAAACUAAUUAUUAGUCAGCUCCUAUAUGAUGGAUACAUAAAUAUUGCAAACGGUUUGAUAAAUGAGAUAAAGCCUCAGUCAGUCUGUGCACCAUCUGAGCAACUGCUGCAUCUAAUUAAGUUAGGAAUGGAGAACGAUGACAGUGCCGUUCAGUAUGCAAUUGGACGGUCAGAUACGGUAGCUCCAGGCACAGGAAUUGACUUGGAAUUUGAUGCAGACGUACAAACCAUGUCUCCUGAGGCUUCUGAAUAUGAAACUUGUUAUGUCACAUCUCAUAAAGGACCGUGUCGUGUAGCUACGUAUAGCAGAGAUGGACAGUUAAUAGCUACAGGAUCUGCUGAUGCCUCAAUAAAAAUACUUGACACGGAGAGAAUGUUGGCCAAAAGUGCUAUGCCUAUUGAGGUCAUGAUGAAUGAAACAGCACAGCAGAACAUGGAAAAUCACCCUGUUAUUCGGACUCUGUACGAUCAUGUGGAUGAAGUUACGUGUUUAGCUUUUCAUCCGACGGAACAGAUCCUCGCAUCUGGUUCAAGGGACUACACGCUUAAAUUGUUUGACUACUCAAAACCUUCUGCCAAAAGAGCCUUCAAAUAUAUACAGGAGGCAGAGAUGUUACGUUCAAUCUCCUUUCAUCCYUCUGGAGACUUCAUACUUGUUGGUACCCAGCACCCUACCUUACGCCUUUAUGAUAUCAAUACUUUCCAGUGCUUUGUGUCUUGCAAUCCUCAAGAUCAGCACACUGAUGCUAUAUGUUCAGUGAAUUACAAUGCAAGCGCAAACAUGUAUGUGACGGGAAGUAAGGAUGGAUGCAUCAAACUGUGGGAUGGUGUUUCAAAUCGCUGCAUCACUACUUUUGAGAAGGCACAUGAUGGAGCUGAAGUCUGUUCUGCUAUUUUUUCCAAAAAUUCCAAGUAUAUCUUGUCAAGUGGAAAAGACUCUGURGCUAAACUAUGGGAGAUCUCCACUGGUCGAACGCUAGUCAAAUACACAGGAGCUGGUCUGAGUGGACGACAAGUACACAGGACACAGGCUGUCUUCAACCAUACAGAGGACUAUGUGCUGCUCCCGGAUGAAAGGACCAUAAGUCUGUGCUGCUGGGAUUCAAGAACUGCUGAACGGAGAAAUCUUCUUUCUCUUGGGCACAACAGCAUCGUCCGCUGUAUCGUGCAUUCUCCCACCAAUCCUGGUUUCAUGACCUGCAGUGAUGACUACAGAGCUAGAUUUUGGUACCGAAGGUCAACCACAGACUAAAGACAGCUUUAUAAACCAGUGAUUUUCCAGACUCAUUCUAUCAUCUUGUAUUGAUUGUACCRCCAACAGAUGCCUAGAUGAGAGCCAUGCUGUGUCUGCUUUUCAGUUCUGUCAAACGUGGCAGGAAAUAUCAGAGUACUGAGACUGAGUGUUUGCCCCACGCUAAUUUUUUUAUUAGUGUGUAUGGCAUUAUUUUUUGUA